AUGAAGCUUUUUUCUCACCUGGCUCUGGCCAGUAUUGCAGCAGCUGGAAAAGCGCACAAUCCUCUUGGAUCAUCGGAAAAAUGCUCCGAAGUCGUUUUGGUAAAGGAACUCAUAGCUCAGCUCGACUACAGAAUUCUGGUGAGGCGUACUUCCAACAACGCAGAAAUCAACUGCCGAAUUAACUAUAAGAAACAAAAGAAGGCGGAAGAGAAGAAAAGCAAAGCAGCUCGAUCUGAAGCUGGACUUGGCGCUAGAAAUGGCGGAGCUUCUAAAAAUCCCAAAAAAGCGUUGAAGAAGUCGAAGAAAAAGGCCGAGAAGAACGACAAGAAAGCUGGAAAGAAGGUUAAAAAGGCCCAAAAGAAGCAGAACAAGCAUGGAAAGCAUCCAGUUACGACUCGAGUUCCAGUCAAGGACUUCGAGUUUUCCGAUUUGGAUGGGAAUGUUGUCUCAAUCGAAGGCGAAACUCCAACCGAAAAUCCACUCAAAGGGAUGCCUCUUUACUUGGAAUGCGACGGAGUACCAUACUUCCCAGACAAAGAGAACAAGAACGAAGCAUACUACUGGCGUCCUUCCCGAGAUUCUCCCGUCAAAGAAGUUGCCUUGUUCAACUGCUAA